AUGGAGGGAAAGGUGGGAAAAGCCCUUUUAAAAUCCCUCCUCUGUUGCAGCGCGGUGCUGGAGUUCGUGUGUGACCUGAUGUACAACAUCACCAUGAGCCUCAUCCACACCUCGGUGCAGGCCGCCGUCUUCCAGGCCGUGCUGAAGCAGGAGAUCGCCUUCUUCGACGCCUCGCCCACAGGGGAGCUGGUGUCCCGCAUCACCACGGACACCAACGACAUGUCGGAGGCGCUGAGCGAGAAGCUGAGCCUGCUGAUGUGGUACUCGGCGCGCUUCGGCUUCCUGCUCUACUUCAUGCUCAGCCAGUCCUGGCAGAUGACCCUGCUGACCUGCAUGGGCCUGCCCAUCAUCUGGGUCAUCCCCGAGCUGACCGGGCACUUCCACCAGACGAUAGCCGCCCGGGUCCAGGAGUCGCUGGCCAAGGCCAACCAGGUUGCCACGGAGACCUUCUCCUGCAUGAAGACGGUGAGGAGCUUCGCCAACGAGGACGGCGAGACGGAAAAAUACCGGCGGCGCCUGGAGGACACGUACGGCCUCAAGAAGCAGGAGGCAGUGGCCUACGCAGCCUCCACCUGCGCUAACAGCAUGACCACGCUGGCCCUGAAGGUGUGCAUCCUGUACUACGGCGGGACGCUGGUAACCAUGGGAACCGUCAGCAGCGGCGAGCUGGUUUCCUUCGUCCUCUACGAGCUGCAGUUCGCUUCUGCUGUGGAGGCUGUCAUGCGUUACUACCCUGAGGUGAAAAAAGCCAUCGGGGCCUCUGAGAAGAUCUUUGAGUACCUGGACCGGGAACCUCGGGCCCCCCCCUCCGGUUCUCUGGCCCCGGAACACCUCACCGGACACGUCCAGUUCAGGAACGUUAAGUUCUCCUACUCCGGGAAAACGGAGGAAAACUCGCUCGUGCUCAAGGACGUGUCCCUGGAGGUGAAACCGGGCCGGGUCACAGCCCUCGUGGGGCUCAACAGGUCGGGGAAGUCCACCUGCGUAAAACUGCUGGAGCGGUUCUACCAGCCGCAGGCCGGGGAAAUCCUAUUGGACGGGAAGCCUCUGCACAGCUACCGGGACGACUACCUGCACCAGCAGAUUGCCGUGGUGAGCCAGGAGUGCGUGCUGUUCGCCCGCUCCGUGCGGGAAAACAUCACCUACGGCUACGAGAACGCCACCGAUGAGGAGGUUUACCGGGCCGCCCGCAUGGCCAGCGCCCACGGCUUCAUCCAGGAGCUUGCACAUUAA